AUGCGGACAUUAGGCUACCCUCCUGGUUGGUUACGAAAAGCACGAGUGGAACAGUUGCCUUCAUUUGACGGCGAAUCUGGGGACACGUGCAAUUAUGAAGUUAGGUACAAUGAGGACGAAAUAAUCGAGUAUCCGGGCUUCAAUGUAUACUCAAGUAAACUACGCGACAAUUACCACGUACUUCGUUGCCCCAGCAUUCAAAAGUGUCAUUUAUUGGAAAAUUUCAUUGCAUCUCUUCGUGGUGAAACGGCCAAAUCUGAGGAAUCCGCCCGUCGGUACAAGGAAUCUCUAGCAAACAAAGCUAAUCGAACACUAACAAAUUAUGAAUAUUUAGGUUUAAAUGAUCUUGAAGGUGAACGUCAACGACUUUUGGCUGAAAUAACUGCUCUUAGCAAUUCUGACUCGAGUUCCAUCUCUGUUUUCCUGAGUUCGCAAACUGAUGCUUCCACCAUUAUCAUGGUCUCUGAUGAGGAGGGUGAAGUUAGCAACGAUGAUGUAGAGAAUCGCUCUACUAAACGUCCUUCCAGUGAAGCAAUGCCCGGGGAGGAUAGUGUUUCUCCACAUUUGGAUAGACAGGAAAAGGACAACAAAGUGGAUGGUGGCGAUUCCAUAACUGAGCGCCAAUUGUCACCAGUGCUCGAGGAAGGCACCACCAUUCCAUUUAACAUCUAUUUAAUCAAAAACGCAACCGCCGAUUCAGCAUCACCCGUGAAUCCUGCAAACGUAUCUUCUACUUCAGACAAACGCCCUGAUUUUGAGGCGUUUAGUUCCGGAAUUCAACCUUAUGAGCCUUAUGUAAACCCGCCUAAUGCCGAGGGGGCUUAUAAGCGCGUUCGUGAAACACUUAAACGGGUCAAAGAUAUUCAGUCCUGCUCUACAGCAGUAGAAAGCGAGGGGGAUGAGCCAGCUCUUAAGUCGAUGCGUUCACGAAGUCCUGUUUCUGGCGACAACUGCAGCCAAGAAAAACAAUCAUCGCCAUCAAGUUAUGCAAAAAAUUACUCCGACGUUAUGCUUCCUGAGCGUGGGCAUUCAUUUCGACAAGGCGAGAGAAGACUUGCUUAUGGCUGCCAUCAAACCCACGUAUUUGAAGACCACUAUCCCAUAGGUAUUCGUGCGACCUGUGGAAAACGCAGUCGAGUGCCGCGGCACCGCGCAUUUGCAAUAGCUACGAAAAGACCCUUUCGCAGGUCUGUGACACGCACGGCAAAUCGAGCUCCUUGUGCCCGAGGCACACUGACACGCGGGAAGGAGUGGGCGUGCGCAGGACGAGACAUGCUUGCUGGGGAUCGCAGACCAAUGCGUGUGCCUGCUUCCCCUAGGUUCCUGCUAGUCCAAGUUAAAGUUGCCGAAUUUGGGAAUUCGCCCCCUCCCCCCCAUCUCGACUGGAUCCUUUCCCACUUGAUGGCUUCAUCAUCACCUGCGAAAUUGCUGCCGGAGCCGACAGGCCAGUCAGUAAGUAGGCUCUGUUCGGAGAGCGGGAGCCAAGGGCAGCGAGCGGAAUCGGGUCGAUGCGGAGGCCCUCAACACGCAGUCAAUUCGCUGACACCCGAUGAAAUUAACGAAUUUCUCGCCCAUAGUGAUAAAGAAGACGACGAUGAGGGGAGCUCAGCUGACAGUUCCGACUGGGAUGACGUUAAGGAAGAGGGAGAGGAGGAGGAGGAGGAGGAAAACGCCAAUUAUGUGAAAGAAGUUCCACUUUACACUCAGCAGUCCAUCCCGCCUCCGUUAUCAAGCCGUCAGACUUUUACUGACAUCGGAGUUGCGGAACUUUUCGGUCCUGUGCGUUCCAACCAGGAGGCUAGUGACGCGCAGAUCACCGCUAACGAAGAUGAUGACGUCCUCAGCUAUACGGACGCACGACGAUCUGACCUCAAUGAUUACGGAUUGCAAAUCCAGGAAUCGCUAUCCAGUGAGGCAUCAGACAGGCACAAACGGCGCGUAGAAAGGGAUGUUGAACGACAUAUUCUUGCUGACAAACAAACCGUGGAUAGCAUUUCAUCUGAUCGCUUGACUGAAGCGCAGAAAAAGGCCCUAAAAUUGUGCGAGGCUAAACGUAACGCUGCAUUAACGUCAGCUGGUGGUUCUCAGGCGAAUGACUCCUCGUCAAAGGCCAGCGACUGCUUCGUGGCUACACCAACAAACAUUCGUGUUGUCCGCCCUCAGAUCUCGUCCGAAUUGUGGAUGACACGAACGUGCAACCGACGCGUCUUUGGUCUCCACCAGUACGUGCGUGAAGUCAAAGCAGCGAAUGGUUCAAACCUGCAGACCGAGAUGACAGUUCUGGUUGGUGUGAUUGGCACGAAGGUGCCACCACGUCGGAGCCGUAACAACAAAAUCUAUUCAAUUUGGCGACUGACUGAUCUGGCUAGUGUGGGAACGGGGUCCACCAACGGCCCCAAUGUGAGCAUCUUUUUGUUUGGAGCUGUUCACGAAAAGUUGUGGAAGGAACCAGAAGGCACUGUCAUCGCCGUCCUUAAACCAAAACUGCUUCCUUCGAACGAGAACGACGCCUCGUGUAAUGCCGCUACGGACCUAUCCAUCACCGUGGACUCGGCUCCUUUCGUGAUGCCUCUUGGCGUCUCUCCGGACUUUGCUGUUUGUGCUGGCACCACCAAGGCUGGGAGACCCUGCACGCGGAUUGUGAAUAAGAACGUCUGUCGUUACUGCGAUUUCCACGUAAAGGCCGCAUAUUAUUCCGCCAGUAGCAGCCGCCCCGGUUUCACGUCUUCUUCAAAAUCGACUAGUAUCAAAUUCUCCCAGCAGUACUUUUUUUCUAAAAAAACGCGCAAUAUUUCGGUCAGGGAUUCCGUAAUUUUCCCUAACAGUGACUCGGUGUCCAGUCGAAUCAUCAAACGCUCAGAGUGCCGAUAUUUUCUCAACAAGUACCCAAGGAUAUCGUGUUUAUCCGAGAAUUUUCUCUGCCGCACCCUAGGGAUAUCGCUUCAUAGACUAAGUGGUUCUUCAGACGAAAAGGAGGUGAUGUUUAUUGGCACGCUAGCCAAAAGAGCUUUCAGUGAAAUGAAAGCUGCAAUCUUGUCAGGGAGUCCUUCCCGAGAACAGGUCACGGCAGAGGUCGCGGUGGCAGAGCAGCCCCCUAUCCUUCGGUGUUUUCCCAACAAACUGCGCACUAUUCGCUUAAUCGUCCCGCCUCCAUGCCUAUCAAUCGGGAUCAAGACAAAAGUUUUCCUUGUGAUUCCCAAACCCUUUGUCACGCUCUUUCGGGCAAAUCGCCUGCCAGUUGGCAGAAACUCGCAAGAGCAUGUCGGAGUCCAAUUUAGUGGUGCUAAACCCCUCGCUAUUGCUAGUCGAAGACCGCCUCAACGUGUGGCCUUAAGUAAGGCUAAGCUGACUUCGUCGGGAUAUGUAAUGGAAUCAUCUUCAUUGACUUUAAGUUCAAGUGCCAGUGGUGUUUCGAAGUCCCAACUUUCCAAAUCUGAGAACAUUUUAGCCUCCCGCCUUUCCCGUCCCUCUCGCGGCUCCUUAAACCUCCUUCGUCAUCUCGAAGCCCUCAGUGAUGAUAAAUCUAAAUCAAAUAACUCAGCACUUCGGAGUCGGUCAUUGAAGACGCUGCUUCCAUCAGGUUCGGACGGCACAUUUGCUUCAUUCUUCGCAGACGCGAAGAAGAAGGUACAAGUAAGUACAGUGCCAUUCACAUCGGAGAAAGCCGCUGGACCGCAACUGUGCCGUGGAAUUGAUCCAGCCUCAGAAAACGAUAAUUUCAUCGACCUGGGCCCAAUUUCAACCUCAAACCCGACCCAUACUGGCGCUUUAACAGUCCUACCUUCCAUUAAUGGAGCACGUCGACGAAUUGAGGCUCUGGUUCGUUCUAAGGGAGGUGUUGAAGCCUUGGAUCGGUUGGAGCGGGAGCGAACUCAAAAAAGACUCUCUGAAGUCGUCUCGCGUUCCGCGUCUAAAAGGCCUAGGCCAUCCCCUCUCUCCCAGGUGCUAGACACGGCACCACCCCCCUCAGGAAAUGUGGAUCCCGAGGAGACACAUCGCGACGAAGAGAAGGCUGCCUCGGAGAAACGAAGACAUGCAAACCACGAACUUGCGCAGCUUGUGAGUCAGGGAUCGAGCCACAGCGAUCUUGCCGCAGCCGAUGAAGUCCUUGCUGAAAAGAGGCUGCUAUCUCGUCUUGAGGCACGGGAUAGCAUCGAGGAGCAUUUGUUAGGGCAACACGAACAGGAGUGUCAGGUCGUUACAUGUCUUACGUCGGCGUCUAAUGGCUUCCCAAGGUAUGUGUCUGCUAAUACGUGUUUUUUUCUCAGUGCAACUACCGAUCAUUGCGUGCUGGGCGACUUUGUCGCAAAGAGGGACAUAGAUUGGAAAUCACCACCGCCACUAGGCGAUUCUUUGCCUGCAGAAAUUGUAAAACAAGAACAAGCACACUUGAUCGCUACCCACAGUAUGCGUGCACGUGAGUUCUUCCUUCAACUUCCUAGUUGUGGCGAGUCCCUGUAUGAAAAAACUGGUGCCAUUUCUGAGCGAAGGGGACCAAAAUUGCCUGGUGAAAAAUUGCUCAUCCGUGGUUUGGAAGAAAAGUAUCUUGGGUGA